CCUAAUUAGGUUGUGGCGCAAAAAUGUGGGCACUCUGAUCCAUGUGUGCUUCGGUGGGUUUUUAGUGUAAGUUUAUUUAUUUGUAAAAAAUGGACCUAAACACGCUGCUGCAGCGAGCCCAAAACUUGACCAAUGAGACUAAGGCGGAGUGCGAGCUGCCUGCCGUGGAGCGCACGCUUCAGCAGGUCCUGCAGGCCACCACGGAGCUCCAUUCCCGCGUUACCCAAACCGGCGGCAAAGAAAUACAGGCGCAUAUACUGCUGGGAUCCAAGGGCGUUGAUCUGCCCAAACUUAACCAGAAGUUGGAGGCUUUGAGUGCGCGGAAAACCUUCGAGCCUCUGGACGUUAAAGCAGACACGGAUGUGCGAACGUUUCUGAAGAAUGAGCGCGAGAAUGCCAUCCUUUCAGUGAUCGAGGAUACGAACAAGAAUAUCAGUGAUUCGGUAACCAAGCAAAGGUGGGCCAGCAUUAACAACACCUGGAACGAUGAAAAGACCCGGUUGCUGGACGCUUUAAUAGCACCCUCGCAGAACUUUAUCGACCUGCAGCGGCUGCCCGAACCGACAAUCCUUAAUCCCAACUGCCAGCCUCGUUCCUGUCUCGAUGCCUUAGAACUUGUCUACGCACAGGAGCUCAGGCAGUAUAAUGAACUACUGCUUAAGGGGAGCCACCGACCCAAUCUCGUGCAAAAGUUCGCUCAGCUAUCCCAGAGCUUUGGCGAUUCUCGACUGACAGAUAUGUGGACUCUGCUGACUUGCGUCACUCAAAUAAGCGAACCUCUGAACACCGAUCCCCUCAAGAGCCGGCAGCAGCGGCCUGAGUUCGUUAACCACGCUAAAUCCUACUUAGAACGGCGUUACCGGGUGUUCAUGUGCUCUCAGGUGGGCGACUCCUUUGCCAUCAACAGCUAUCAGUUGGUCCUGGCGUAUGUAAGCCACCGAUUCAGUGCCCAGCAAGCCAUCGGUCUUGUGGACACCGUGGGUGAAAGACCCUUGUGGCCGUUGGUCUACUACGGACUGCGAUGUGGUUCGGUUGAGACGGCGGUGGAAUUCCUUCGCGAGGCGGGUCACGAGGAGUUUGCCCAGCUGGUGGCGGAUCGAAAUGCGGGUGAAACCAAUUCUCGAAUCGAAAACCAACUACGAUUGCAGUAUGCCAACAAGAUUCGCAACUCCACGGAUGCUUAUAAGAAAGCUGUUUACUGCAUUCUCUUGGCCUGCGAUGUAAACGAAGUCCACGGAGAGGUGGCCAAGACCAUUGAUGACUUCCUGUGGAUCCGCUUGGCUAUGCUAAAUCCCGGUGACGCCGCCAGUUAUGGGAAACUACAGUCACUGAUUCUGGAAAAGUACGGUGAGAAGUACUUUAAUGCCGGCCAGCAGCCGAUUUUAUAUUUUGAGACCUUGGCGCUCACGGGCCAGUUUGAGGCCGCCAUCGAGUUUCUGGCCCGCCGGGAUGACACUAGGGUGCAUGCCGUGCACAUGGCCAUAGCCCUGCAUGAAUUGGGUCUUUUGGGCGGAGCGCGCAGCGUAUCCCAGCCUCUGAUCUCGAUUGACAUAAUGGAUCCGCAGCCUCUAAGACGGCUUAAUUUAACCCGUUUGAUACGGCUUUAUGUGCAGCGAUUCGAGCGCACGGACACCUCUGAGGCAUUGCACUACUACUACACGUUGCGUUGUUUGAAGGAUCCCAAGGGCAGAAACAUGUUCAUGUCUUGUGUGUGCGAUGUGGUGGUGGAAAGUGGCGUCUUCGAUACCACAAUUUUCGACCUGAUUUUCGGCCAGCGGCAAACGAGUGACCACGACGAGGUUAACAGCGGACUUUUCCGCCAAUUUGAUUGUCCGGAGUUCGAUACACAUACUAUGGCCGCGCUGGUGGCCGAUGAACUGGCUUCCCUUGGAAACUUUGAGAUCUCAGCGCGACUUUACGAAAUGGCCGGCAAAUAUAACUUGGCCUUGAAGCACAUCUGUAUUUUGCUGGCUCAGGUGGUGCAGCUACCAACGCAGGGAGGAUCGUUAAGGGAGCGACUUGACCAGGAAGCCCAGAGAUUUAGCCAGCUGUUGGCCAGUGACAGCAUUGAGGUGGAGUCCAAAAUGAAGUGCAGCUUUGUGCUUCUUCAGGAUCUGCUUAUCUUCUUCAACUUCUAUCAUGAGGGAAAGCUGUGUGCUGCACUGGAGCAGCUGCGGCGCACCCAACUGAUGCCCAACACGACGAACGAUGUGGAUAUUUGUCUGGCCAACGUGAAACGACUGAGCGGAGAGGUAAUUAAGGUGCUGCCCGAUGUUAUUGUGGCCGCCAUGGACAUUGCCCAGCGACAGUACAAACAGUUGAAGGCGGGCAUGGGUGGCCCAUUGGAACAGAGCCAGAUGCAAGAGCUCAAACAACGAGCUAAAGCCCUGUCUAACAUGGCAGCAACAAUGCCAUAUCGCCUGCCCUAUGACACCAACAGGCGGCUGAUUCAAUUAGAAUUAGUUAUGCACUAGAAUAAAGGUACUUUAAGCUAUGAAGAGAA